AUGCGGCUCCUUUAUAUUGAGUCCAAUGAUGCUCUCGAUCCCACCCUACAGAUCUCGUUACAUGAGGUUAAAGGAGAGAUUUUACCCCGAUACGCGAUCCUUUCGCAUCGAUGGCGUUGGCAAGAAGUUCUAUACGAUGACAUCGCAUCCGCGGACCGCAGUGUUGCACGAAGCAAGAAGGGUUACGCGAAGCUUGAGAUGGCGUGCCGUGUUGCGCUUGAACACGGUUUUAGCUAUUUAUGGAGCGAUACUUGCUGCAUCGACAAGAGUUCCAGCGCCGAGCUAUCAGAAGCCAUCAACUCGAUGUACAGUUACUACACCAAUUCAGCGUGGUGCAUUGCAUACUUGGACGAUGUGGAGCUCGGUGAAGAUCGAAUUCUCUCCAGAUCAGCUUGGUUUUCAAGAGGGUGGACUCUGCAAGAGCUAAUCGCCCCGCUCAAGUUGACUUUCUACGCAAAGAGCUGGAAAAAGAUCGGCACAAAAGCUGAUUCGUGCCAUCAAGUCUCUAUAGCCUCCAACAUUGAUGUGGAGGUCCUGAGAGACCGCGAAGCCAUCAGUGCUAUGGGCGUAUCAGAGAAGAUGUCGUGGGCGGCGAGCAGAGUCACAACGCGACCGGAAGACGAAGCGUACUCCCUAAUGGGUAUCUUUGGUGUGAAUAUGGCAACUUUGUACGGAGAGGGUAGAAGCAGCGCUUUCAGGCGACUACAACUCGAGAUCCUGCGGACAAGUACUGACCAUUCCCUUUUCGCCUGGGAGUCAGAGACAGUCAACGGCGACAUGCUAGCGCCAAACCCGAUGCCAAAUUACGACAUGACAAACGCGGGACUCCGCAUACAGCUGCCUUUGAGACGUGAGAACCAUCUACCAAGACAGCCCUUUGAGGUUGCAUACCCGCUCAUGUAUCCAGACUGGUAG